GGGUGGAAUAAGGCCUAUUUUGUCAGGGUAUUAUGGGGAUUAAAUAAAAUUAGUUUCAGUUGGUGCUUUAAAGAAUGGAAAUCAGGUUUUGAAAAGGUCGAUUUGGGGAUGUGAUCAAGAGGCGUGUCUGGGGCGGGGCUGUGUUGUAAGGUGGGUCUAGGGUGGGCACGUCAGGGGUUUAUUAGCGCGGCUCCUCCGGCGCUCCAGUCACUUUAUCAUUCGGAAAGGCUCCCGAGUAGAGGCUGGAUGAGGCUCCCAGUGAUGAACACUUACAGGAGGCGAGAAGGCUCUGUGUUCUUUUCAGCUGCACCUUGUGUCUUUUGCGUGGUACUCCAGUGAGUGACAUGUGAGUCAUCUGUCAGAGGCCUCUCAGAUACCCACUGGUGGAUCCAGGAGUCCACGGGGUCCCAUCAUCAUCUCUGUCUCAGAGGCAAAACUGCAUCAGAGUGAUCCCGAAGCUGUGGUGGCCCAGCUGCAGUGCCAGUAGGAUGUGGAGCCUUCCAUGAAACUGCUGUAGAAAUGGCCCUCAGCCCAGCGUCAGGAGAGCAGCCAAAGAUGCAGAGUGUGGCCUGGGAGGACGGUAGCCUUCAGCCCUGCCCCGUGAGCCAUCAGCCUCAGAGCACAGGCUUUUCAGGAUUCCCGAACGUAGAUCAUAACAAAGUAAAAGAAACAACAGGGAGAAGAAUAAACAGAAAACCAAGACGUAAAUUCACUAAGGAUGAAUUGUGCCUACUUAAUCACGUAUUUGAAGAAACUCCUUACCCUGAUUUUAUCAUUCGAAAAAAACUGGCUGAACAACUGUGUUGUCAAAUAUAUGCGAUUGAUAACUGGUUCCAGAACAGAAGAGCCCGCCUGCCACUGAAAGAGAGACAGAGAAUAUCCGCUGCUAGGAAACUGCACGCGUUCCCUAUCCAGGAUCAUUCACAUGGAAGCCUCCAGAACCCCCAGGCAGAGUCUCCCAUCGGGGCCCUGGAGCAGACCUGCUCCUCUACCCUGAAGGCUCUUCUAGGAGGCACGGACUAUUUCUCUCCUGAGACACAAUGGGUUCCCAGUCAACAGGAUGGCUCGGGGGACACUGGGGUCCCAGGCAUUAAAAAAGAACUGAGCUGUGCUUCGGAGUAUCCGGGUGACACAGGGAGUAGAUUGUAUCCCAAUUUUUCAUCUUACAGCUACGGAUCAGUGAUCUGUCUUCAACCUUCUGCUUCCAUGCAGUAUUUUGAGAAGCAUGAGCCCAGCACCGGGCAGAGCUGGAACUCGAGGGCCUCCAUUCUGCCACAAGUUCAUAGUCAGCAAGAGGAGAGGUGGCAGCAACAGCAGGCCUGCUGUCCUUACCCACUGUAUCAAGAAGCAGGGCAGCAGCCACAUGUCUUUGCUGGAGCCCUGACUACAAAGGCCAUCCCAACAAUGUCAGCUUGGUCAACGAGGAGGCAGCCCCUCAGGUGAGACCAAUUGAGGGAGGCACUGGAAGCAGAGCUCUGAAGAGCCCCAGGGUGAUCCUGUACCCUAGCUGGCAGGCAGCCCUCACCGGUCCUCUUGGCUGAGAGCUGCUGCCUGGGAAUUGAUUUAGAGUGUGGAUGGGCACCAACAAGAUCUCACAAGAUCUGAGAGUACCCAGUUGAGCAUUUAAAAGCUGUGUUGUUAAACCAGUGUUUUUGAGGACUAGCCUGGUCUCUGUGAACUUCCAACUUUGAAAUGUUUUUCAUAAUUUUGAGCAUUAGGGUACAGAAUCAUUUCUCAAACAUUUUGGAGCAUUUGCUGUCAGUCUCCUAUGCUUUCCCCUACACUGUGUAAUGUGUUUUAACGUAUUUUAGAUUUUUAACCCAAAUCCUGUCCUAUUAAUUGCAGAAUAAAGCAUGUCUCCUACGUCUUUUUCAAGGCAAUCCGACAUGCAGAUCUAUUUCAUUUUGCAAAUACCUCCCAUCUGUUACUACAGAUCAGACUGAGAGUAGGUGGGGAAUUAGCAGCUGUGAUGAGUAUGAUUUGCAUAGUCACUUUGCACAGCCACUAGGAAAUAUUCCUAGUUAAUAUUCCUAUUGAAGUUGUAGAUGUUUGGCAAGUCUGCUACAGGAUGUAUCCUUUAAAGAAACUUGCAUGUACUUACACAACAUAGCCCCCGAAUAAAUAUCACAUAAAGUAAUAAUCCCGCACAAUUCAAAAUAAUAGACCAGAACUGUCUAGCUGAGAGUUCUGGUAUACAAUGUUCAGUAAAAAAUCAAGUUGCCUAAUUUUUAUAGCAUGAUGUUUAUAAAAAUGAGAUAAGAGCUUCAUCAAUAAAUAGCAUUGGUUAUUCUUGGGUACACAUAUAUGCAGCAAGAACAAAAACAUGGGCUAGGUUUAUAUUCACUGAAUCAUGGAGAGUUGCAAUAGGCAAGGAGGAAAAUACCUUUUAUAUUAUGAUGCAUAGCCUAUAUAUACUGAGUUACA